GAGAUUCCUCAGAAAGGCUCUCCAUUGUCAUGAGGUGCUUUGGCGGCAACAGCGGGCAGCGCAGGAGGGAGCAGGACCCACAAUCAUGGUCUCAAGGAGAUUCCUCAGAAAGGCUCUCCAUUAUCAUGAGGUGCUUUGGCGGCAACAGUGGGCAGCGCAGGAGGGAGCAGGACCCACAAUCAUGGUCUCAAGGAGAUUCCUCAGAAAGGCUCUCCAUUGUCAUGAGGUGCUUUGGCGGCAACAGCGGGCAGCGCAGGAGGGAGCAGGACCCACAAUCAUGGUCUCAAGAUAAUUCCAUGUAUAAAUCUUUCCGAGGAAUUGUGACACACCUCUACACUGAUUAUGGAUGGAUCAAUGAGAGCAUUUUCUUCAGUUUCGAUGUGGUGUGUGGCAAUGUUCCACUGAACGUUGGGAUGGAUGUCAUUGCUCUUGUGGAAGAACGUGAAAAAACUCAUGCAUUGAGAACACUUAAGGUGAAAGCUAUGAAUGAUCCUGCUUAUGGCACUGAGUCAUUGGAAGUUAACAAAGGAGUUUGUAUUAGGUGUGUUACUUCUGCAACACAGGAGAACAUUUAUAUCAGCAAAGAAACUUUCUUUCCCAGAAGACUUCUUUCUGGAGAAUUUGUACCAUUCAAAGGAGACUUGCUGCUGAUGGAGUAUACUAUGGAUCCUGUCACUUCAAAUGUCAGCAUCAAUUCUGUGAGCCCCCUCAACUCUCAGAAUAUGGAAGAGGUCUGUGUCACCAGCAUUAAUGGUAGAGUUGGAAUGGUGGACGACAUUGUUUUUUUUACUCUGGAUUCUCUUGAUACACCUCCUGGUUAUAUACCUAGGCUAUACGACAUUGUCAAUGUGGUUGCAGUGGAUAGCUUUCAACCAUACUGUUCCUGGAGAGCUCUUCGCAUGGCCCCAGUGGAAAUGUGUAUUAACCAGGGCUUUUAA